GCGGAGAGGGAGACCCGCCCGUCUGCUGCCAAGGAACACGGGGCAUGUGAGCAGCUGCCUACAUCGUCCGCCCUCCCCGAUCGCAACUCCCGACAGAGAUAAAGAGGAGCUGCUGAAUAUUGCUAGACAGUCUAGACAUGGCGCCCCUUCUUGCAGAAGAGGUCGUGAAGCAUCCUGCAUUCGAUACAGUCGACUGGAACCUCCCGUCCACGUCAUCCGGAACAUGUACGGUGGCGCAGGGGAGACGCGGAGGCCCCCUCAACCUGUAUUAUGAGACCCAUGGCACUGGGCCUGUGAAGCUCGUCGUAAGUCGGUCGGGAGCAGAAAUCCCGGUUCACCUGGCGGUGUAGCGCUGACCAGUUGCAGUGGAUUAUGGGCCUCAACGGGUCCCUCACGGACUGGAAGCGCCAUACCAAAUACUUUG